AUGGUGCGGCCAUCACACCAUAUGCCAUCCGCCUGUGAUGCGGCCACUUGUCCCUCUGAGAUGCCUUCCGUCUUCAGUCUUCCUCCUGCUGACGAGUCUGCCUCGCCGUCUUCCACCCAACCGCUCGUGCUCUGUGCGCCCACCCGGACCUCUAUGCUGCCUUCCCCCUUCCACCCACCCACACAACGGUCACUUUCCGCUCGUGCUCUGUGCGCCCACCCGGACCUCUAUGCUGCCUUCCCCCUUCCACCCACCCACACAACGGUCACUUUCCGCUCGUGCUCUGUGCGCCCACCCGGACCUCUGUGUUGCCUUCCCCGUUCCACCCAUCCACACAACGGUCACUUUCCGCUCGUGCUCUGUGCGCCCACCCGGACCUCUGUGCUGCCUUCCCCCUUCCACCCACCCACACAACGGUUAGACGGCGACUACAACGUUUUCUACAGCGUCGUCACCUCCGCCUCCGACGAAGCCGAGCCGUUCGCCCCUUCGAUCUAUCAAGGCGCGGCGGGAGAGGCGGGAACCGCCGUUCAUAAUACUGUCGCGGCAGGGGAAACCUCCACGUGGGUAAAUCUUACUCGUCCGCCGCCUCCCCCGCCCAAGGGCAAGAAGAACAAGGGCACACCGCCCGCCCCGCCUCCUCCGAAGUACACUUAUGCCACUAACGGGACGUGGCUUAAAGCGAGUACACUGUCCACGAUCGGCGGGCAGACACUGAAGGAGCUGGUGGAUGCGAUUAUUGCGACGCCGGACGGGUACUACGCGACAUUCGCGACCACUGAUUUUGAGUCGGGUGCGGCGCGGGGGCAGUUUCAGUCGGACCCGCUUCCGCCACCGCCGAAGGACAAGAAGAGCGGGAAGGAUGGAGGGAAGGAGGGCGGGAAGGAUGGAGGGAAGAAGGGUGGUGGGAAGGGUGGUGGGAAGGGUGGUGGGAAGACUGAUGGCGAUCGGUUCGGCACUCUUGUGGGUGCGGUCGCAGCGCGGGUCAACGGCUCUAGCGUUGACCUCCAAGCUGACGUCAACGCCACGGGCUGCGUUGACCUCGUCAUCUUCUUAAACGCCACAACCAACGACUACGACAUUUAUUACCACGUCCGCGUCAAUCUGAACGACUCUGGGGAGCCCACUGGUGUCGUCAUCAAGAAAGGCGCUGACGUGGCACUCACCGUGACCACCAGCGACGCCAAGUGGACCAAUCGCACGCUCUCAGACGCCGAGCGCGCCAAGCUGGGCGGGAAACUGUCUCCUAAGGGCAGGAAGGGCAAGCAGCCGCCUCCCCCUCCCCCUCCCCUCGGCUACAACUACGAAACCACCGGCACUUGGCUAAGCGCCAGUACCUUGACGGCGGAUAACGGGCAGACGUACAAGGAGCUGGCGGAUGCCAUGCUGACUGCGCCUGACGCUUACUCUGCUCUUGUCUACACCACGACGUACGAGAACGGUGCUGCGAGCGGUGCGUUCGCGAAUGUCACCACGGGUGGUGGUGAUCGGGCUGGCAAGUUGUCCGUCAAAUUGGCCGUUCGGACUUACCUGAGAGGCCAUUGA